AUUGACAGGCGGCACACAGCGGCACUGACGGGUUUGACGGGUUUCUGAAGUGAGCGAAUAAAAGUCUCCUAAAGUGUUUUCUUCUGUCUGCAGCUCGACCAAAUUGCUCCAGCCGCCGUGUCAGUGAACUUCACGCUCACAGACGGGACUUCAAAGGUUGGAAGAUAAGCGCCGUGCUGUGAGUGGAAGGCAGGUCUGAGCAGGCGAGGCUGUGAUGUCACCGUGACUGGUUGAAGAGUCUGACGGCUGAACGGAUUGAAACUGUCGCAGCAGGAGAAGAAUGGCUCGAGUGGUGAACUUUGACCUCAGCCCCUCCCAGAUAGAAGCUGGAGUGGAGAGCCCAGCGGACGAGGACGGUGUUCAUGACUCCUUCAGUCAGCUGAUUGCGGAGCAGAGCCGGAAUGGCGGCCUGCCUGAUGCCUUUGAGCUGCAUCUGCUGCCCGAGCUGGAAGAAGACGGCGGUGCAUCGUACCUGCCCAGCCCUGGACGUGGGAAUAGAGGGAGGAGGCGGGAAGAAAGAGAGGAGGACUGGGACGACUGCAGCAGACAGACGGACACCCUACUGGGUGAGCGCUGGUCCUCUGACACCCUGAAGGUCCUGUCCUCGAUGCCCAGCCGCACUAUCGGCCGCAGCAGAGGCGCCAUCAUCUCGCAAUACUACAACAGGACGAUGCAGCUUCGGAGACGCCGGCAGAGCAGACCCGCCAUCCAGGACAUCUCACGCUCUGCCAGGCCGAGCAUUCGAGGCUACGGCGUGGAGUCGGACAGCACAGAUGCAGAAGGGCUGGAGGUGAGUAAGAAGGACCACCUGGUCAACAACCUGCAGAACCUGUCUGUCGGCGACAGAAUCCGGAUGCUGCGAGAGAUGCCGCUCAGUUUGAGUGAGAAGAGCGAGCUCAGGAGGUUAGCGUCCCAGAAGGAGCAACGCUCCGUUUCCGGCAGUCAGAUCCCGUGCUGCAGCCGACUCAAAUAUUACAUCAUCAUCGCGGCGCGGCAGAGCUGGUACAGCUGGCUGUCUUUCAUGCACGCCCUCCAGCUGUGGCAGGUGGCACUGAAGAGAGUGAGCGGCCGUUUUGGCAGUGGUGUCCUAUCAUACUUCCUGUUCCUGAAGACGCUGCUCUUCUUAAAUGUCUUCCUGUUGGUGGUGACGGUGGCCUUCCUGGUGCUGCCUCAGGCGGUUCACAUGUCGCUUCCUCCUCCCAACCGGCUGCAGUUCAGCAGCCUGGAGCUGCUUACCGGAGCUGGAUAUUUCACAGACACGGUGAUGUACUACGGCUUCUACUCAAACUACACGCUGCACUCAGGCUGCAGGGACGAGGACUGUGCGUCGCAGCGUCUCUCCUACAACAUGCCGCUGGCGUACUUCUUCACCAUUGGUGUGGCCUUGUUCGUCACAUGUAUCAUCCUCGUGUACAGCAUGUCGAAAUCGUUUGGUCAGAGCUUCAGAAUUGAUAAAACUCACAGCAUUCUGGCCAUGAAGGUUUUCUCCUCGUGGGACUUUAAUGUCAUCAAAAAAACGUCAGUCAAACUGAUGUCAGAGAACAUCUGCACUCAAAUCAAGGAGCUGCUGGCAGAGGUCAACCAAAAGUGUGUCCAGAAGUCUGUGGGACAGAAGCUGUGGAGGCUGACGGUUCACGGACUGGCCUGGGCCAUCUGCAUCGGGAGCACAGCCGGCUGCGUGCUGGCUGUUUAUCAUUUAUCCCAUCACAUGCACCAGGACCACCAGCUCAGGUCUCGAACCAGCAAACACCAACUGAAAGAAGCCAGCCUGCUGGCUGUCCCUGUGGGCGUGUCCUUCAUCAACCUGCUGCUUCCCGUUUUGUUCAGUGCGGCGGCCUGGAUGGAAGAAUACGAGUCACCAUCUGUGGGCACGUACGUGGCGAUUAGCCGACACUUGAUGCUGAAAGUCAGCGUGCUCGGCGUUCUGUGCUACCAUUGGCUGGCUCGGGUCGCUGCUGACCCUCAGAGUCUCAGCCUGCAGUGCUGGGAGAGUUUUGUUGGCCAGGAGCUGUACCGCUUCCUGCUGAUGGACUUCAUCUUCACUCUGCUGGACACUUUGUUUGGAGAGUUUCUGUGGAGGUUGUUUUGUGAGAAGGUUCUGAAGAAGAAGAGGAAGCCGGUCUUUGAUAUUGCUAAGAACGUCUUGGAACUGAUCUACGGACAGACGUUGGCCUGGUUGGGUAUUCUCUUCACACCGCUCCUGCCUACAGUUCAGGUUCUCAAACUUCUGCUGCUCUUCUACAUUAAGAAGGGCAGUGUUAUGAUGAACUGUCAGGCCCCCAGGACGCCGUACCGAGUCAGUCAGAUGACCACUAUCUUCAUCACUCUGCUGUGUUUCCCGUCGUUCCUCGGCGCCUCCGUGUGCCUCACCUACACCAUGUGGAGCAUCAUGCCUUCAGCGUCAUGUGGGCCAUUUCGCGGCCUGAAAACCAUGUUCCAGUCCGGGAAGCUGUGGAUGGCCCAGCUGGAGGAAGAUAACCCGCGUCUGUCGGUGCUGGCCCGGGCUCACGCCUACCUGGUGGAGAAUCCUCUCUUCCUCUUCAUCGGUGCAGGAAUCUUUCUGAUCAUCAUCUACUUCCACAGUCAGGUGGUGGACGGUCAGAGGAAGAUCAUCAGUUUACUGCAGGAGCAGAUUGAAAAUGAGGGAAAGGACAAGAAGUUUUUGAUCACUCGGCUGCAGACCAUCCAUGAGCAGAAACGAAUCCCGGCUCAAAAACUCACCAGUCGGGACUCUGCCCGUUAGGACCGCCGCCAGUCUGGGACUGCUGGAAAACUGGCACAAAUGUCCCUGGAACAGUACCGGAGGCUUGACUCCUGUUCCAUCUCAGUCUUCAGGGAUUUAAAGUGAAGCUCUUCCUCUUUGGCCGAACAGACUUUCAUGGAGAUGAAAGACAGCUGAAUUCCACACGCACGCCGUGUUCCAGGUGUACCGAGAGUUUUAAAGGUUUCAGUCGACUCAUCGUAGCACUUUUAUCCCAGCUGAGAACAGACACCAGUGCGUUUUUAAUGUUUGAAAGAGAUGCGGUGAUGGUGUGAAUAAUGUCAUCUCUUCUUUUACGUGUCUGAGGUAUUUUACUAACAGUGGUGUCAUGUCUCACUUUUAGAAUUAAAUUAUCUUUUAUCAUGUG